AAAAUACACACAUUCUACAUUCUACAGUCUAUAUAUAGCAGAAGAAAUUGGGUACGUACAUGGCAUAUAUCAGUCUGUGAAUCUUCAAGAGCACUGAAGAUUUGAACAUAACAUGGAGUUUUUGUUCAGAGUGUUGAUCAUUCUGAGUGUUCUUGCACCUGGAUUGAGCAGCACAACAACUACUUUCAAUGUUUUGAAAUAUGGAGCAGUCGGAGAUGGACAAACCAACGAUUCUCCAGCCUUUCUGAAGGCAUGGAAAGACGUUUGUCAGAGCAAGUCACACAUAUCUCAGCUCAUCAUACCAGCAAAACGAACAUUCAUGCUGAAGCCUACUACAUUCAGUGGUCCAUGCAAAUCCAAUUACACCUACAUUCAGCUUUCAGGGAACAUUGUUGCACCAAAAACAAAACCGGAAUAUUCUGGAUUCCACACGAAUACAUGGCUUGGCUUCUCAUUCAUCGAUGGUUUAAUUAUAAGUGGGAAAGGGUCCAUUGAUGGUCGAGGCUCUAUCUGGUGGCAACAACCUUGCUUAGGAAAUUCACAACCUGGGACAACCUGCCGUCCACCAACAGUGAGUAAAAGCUCUUCAUACUUUCUUUAUUGCUACUCAUUAUCUAAAUAAUGAUCCAAGCAUUUACUGAUUACACAAUCAAAGAUAUAAUUUGUCUGUUUUAUUCUUGGAAAAACAAAUUAAUAUAAUUAAGGAGAUAAAGUAUUUCUUGAUUCACUAUAUUAUAUAGCAAACCCAUAUUGAUGGCUUUUCAUUAAAAAUUAAGGCAAGGAUGACAUUCAUGAACAAAUUAAAAUUCAUAAGUCUGAUGUGCUUCAAUUUGUCAGACAGAAUUGAUAAUCAUUGCUGAUGCUUAUACAAAAUUUAAGUUUUGGACGUUUUGUUGUUUUCAGCUUUAAAGUUUACCUCAUUAUUAGCAUAAAAAAGUGUGACAACUUUCAUUUCCUUCAAGUUAGGAUCACUUUAUUUAUACUUGAAAAAGGUGUUAGGAAUUCAUGGUAAGUUGAAAUCUCAUAUUAGUUAAAAAUGAGUGAGAUUACUAAUAAACAUGGAAAGCUCGGCCAACAAUAUAUUCAAUUCGACAGACAGUAAGAAAGCUCGACAGACAACAUGAAGCUCGAUUGGUAAUAUAACCAGUUAGCAUGAGAGCUCGGCUGGUAGUAUAACCAGUCCGAUUAUAUGGUCUGUUUCGGUUUGUGGAAUUAGGGUUAAAUCUUCUUGCACAAAUUGUCUUCAAUCUUCAUACUUGAAUAAUUUGGCAAUAAGUGUGUAUUAAAAGUAAUCAACCAUUUAAAUAUCAAACCUGUAUUUAUAGA